GAACCGGGAAAACAAACAAUUCUUUGCUUCUUCAUUCGGUGUAGACAUCGUCCCAUCGACUGGCAGAGAGAAGAGGGGGCAAAAAAAUAAUAUCCCAAGGGGGCAAUCUACUAGGAGCCCUCGUGGAGCAUGCCAAGUGUUUCGUUCUUCUCUGAGAGAAGAAUCCCAUGCCAUUUGUUCCACCGAUAACUAGUCCUAGCUUCUGCCCAAGCUCACCAUCAUCAUCUUCUUCACCUCCUCUGUUUUCCAUGGAGGCCACUUGAUACAAUUGGCGAUUUCUUGGUACGUGCCCGUUCAUGGUGUAGCUGAUUCUUGGAAUUGAGCUCCAGUUCUUGCUUGCCCAUGUGAGCCAGGUCGGUAGGUAGCUUAGCUCGUGCAGUGACUGAGCAAGGCGCAGAUCCAGCUUGUUCUGGUCCCUAUCUAGGCUGCUCAUUGCAGAUGCAGUUCUUAGUUUCUGGAUUUCAAUCAACCAAGGAGGCAUCUUCUCUUAGAAACAAAUAAGAGCUCAAUCUCAGCUCAAGCAAGCAGCUAGCAAUGGCGAUGGAGCCGACGUUGAAGGUGGUGCUGGGCACGGCGUCGUUCGCGGUGUUCUGGAUCCUGGCCGUGUUCCCGGCGGUGCCGUUCCUCCCCAUCGGCCGGACCGCGGGUUCCCUGCUGGGCGCCAUGCUCAUGGUGCUCUUCAACGUGAUCACCGCCGACGAGGCCUACGCCGCCGUGGACCUCCCCAUCCUGGGUCUCCUCUUCGGCACCAUGGUGGUGAGCGUCUACCUGGAGCGCGCCGACAUGUUCCGGCACCUGGGCGCGCUCCUCUCCUGGCGCUGCCAUGGCGGCAAGGACCUGCUCGUCCGCGUCUGCGCCGUCUCCGCGCUCGCCAGCGCCCUCUUCACCAACGACACCUGCUGCGUCGUCCUCACCGAGUUCAUCCUCAAGAUCGCGCGCCAGAACAACCUCCCCCCGAAGCCCUUUCUCUUGGCGCUUGCUUCGAGCGCCAAUAUCGGGUCGGCCGCGACCCCGAUUGGGAACCCGCAGAAUCUGGUGAUUGCUGUGCAGAGUGGGAUCUCGUUUGGGGAAUUUGUGUUCGGGAUCUUGCCGGCGACUCUGGUGGGCGUUGUGAUGAAUGCCGGGAUCUUGCUGUGUUUGUAUUGGCGCGAGCUCGACUCGGACGAGAAGAAGUGCGGCGGCGCCAUUGAUGUGGUGCAGGACGUGGCCACGGAGGUCGUGGAGGAAGAGGACGUCACCUCGCACCGCUUCUCGCCCGCCACCAUGUCGCACCCGCGCCGCCGCCAGCUGGGGCUCGAUCUGGACGCCGGCAAUGGCGAGGUGGCGCAGUUCUACGAGCCGGUGAAGCCUGACGGUAAGGUGCUCGACGGAAUGCACCAGAGGCGGGGCGGCGGGGCCAUGAAAGGCGUGGCGGUGAAGGAGGAGUACUGCGGGUUCCACUCGGUGGAUGAGAAGGAGGAGGCCAUGGAGGAGUGGAAGAGCAGGCUGUGGAAGACGUGCGUUUAUGCAAUCACCUUCGGCAUGCUCGUCGCGCUGCUGCUCGGGCUCAACAUGUCCUGGAGCGCCAUUACCGCCGCCCUCGCGCUCAUCGUGCUCGACUUCAAGGACGCCCGCCCCUGCCUCGAGAAGGUGUCCUACCCACUGCUGCUCUUCUUCUGUGGAAUGUUCAUCACAGUCGAUGGCUUCAACAAGACAGGCAUACCCAGCACAUUCUGGGAAUUCAUGGAGCCGUAUGCCAGGAUCGACACGCCGACCGGGAUAGUCAUCCUUGCCUUGGUGAUCCUUCUCCUCUCGAACGUGGCGUCCAAUGUCCCGACCGUUCUCUUGCUCGGCGCACGGGUUGCGGCCUCGGCAGCAUCGAUCUCUCCUGCCGCAGAGACCAAUGCCUGGCUCAUCCUGGCCUGGGUGAGCACGGUGGCCGGCAACCUCUCCCUCCUGGGCUCGGCGGCCAACCUGAUCGUCUGCGAGCAGGCGCGCAGGUCCCAGCAGUUCGGCUACACCCUCUCCUUCUUCAGCCACCUCCAGUUCGGCUUCCCGGCGACGCUCAUCGUCACCGGAAUCGGGCUGCUGCUCAUCAAAAGCAACUGAAGAAGGGUAUAGGGAGAAUGGAGAUCGUCGACAGAGUACAUAGCUCGUUGUAGCUGUUUCGUCAAAGAAAAGAUCAUCAACAGAGAAGCAGAAGAUGUGGGUAUAGAUAUGUAAAAAUUUAAAAUUGUGAAUGUUCAGGUCGUUGUGGUGCUUGGUUGGAGGGAUAAUAUACCAUGAAAAUGCUGGGAGGCUCCCAACCACGGAUAUCUUGGUGCUUGGAGGCUUUUUGGGUUGUACAUUUAUUUAGUAUUGGAAAAAGCUGUACAUUCUGGAGUAGCUGAUAUCGUAAGUAAAAGAAAGUGAGUUCGUCCUCCUGAGUAGCACUUCUCCUCUUUGUUGUUUGUCUUUGCUGUUUUGUCUGUAUAGUGGUUUGUCCAUGUGCCCCCUCUGUAUUCUCCUCUUUAUGAGGCCUUUUGUACUCUUCCGCUUAAGUAAUGAAAUACAGCGCUGCUGUUUUCGUAAAAAAAAA